AUUAAUUGAAAUUGUAGGCCAACACAACACACAACCUCGUCCUCGUGGAGAGAGACAAGACACCAUAGUUAAUCGCCGGAGACUCGCCUGAGGAGAUUGUCGCCGCCAUGGAAACCAGUCAACUUGACGAAGAUGAAGGUCCACCUCCAGGCUACCAAUCCAUUCUUCCACCUCCCUAUCCAAAGCCACCAUCUUCCCCAUUACAAUUAACUCUACCACCACCGCCGCCGCCGCCGCCGCUGCCAUUGCAACCAGCUCCAGAACAACCACCACCACCUCCACCUCCACCUCCAGGUCCUCCACCACCAUGUUUACCUCCAGAAACACCACCACCACCAAUGCCGAUAAAAAUGACAUCUUUAGAAAUAGCUCAAAUGGUUUGUGGUCAUUGCCGAACUUUGCUUAAGUAUCCUCCAGGGGCUAAACAGGUUCUCUGUUCAUGUUGUCAGACUGUUAACUUUGUUUUAGAAGCUCAUCAGGUUGGACAAGUGAAAUGUGGAGGGUGUACAGUGCUGCUGAUGUACCCUUAUGGAGCACCUAAAGUAAAGUGUUGCUCAUGUCAUCAUCUAACAGAGAUUGGAGCACACAAUGAGAGGCCUCCAUGGUCUGUACAGCAAGGGCAGCUAUUUCCUGGUCCAAACCAUUGUUAUUAAGUAAUUUAAGUCAGAUUAGAUUAGUUGAUUUUUUUGUAAGUGUUUAUGUAAAUAUGAAUAUGUAAAUCAUUUAGACCUUUAACCUUUGGUGGUUUUGUUUAGUUUUAAGUUUAAUCACUCUAAUUUAUGUUUAGGACAUGUGAGUGUUGCUUAGUUGUUUUCCCAUUUGUAAACUUCAAUUCUUGAACUAAUAUAUUAUAAUAGAAAAUGACAUUAAGAUUUAUUUUUAA